GCAGACUUGCUACACGUAGAGGCAAAAGGACAGGUGAGUGCGGCUCUCCCACCUGUGCACACCGGACAGGUGAGGAGGGAAGGAAGGAAGACCAUGGGGCGAUUCCUCUUGGUGACCCUCAGCUUGCUGGUCGUGGCUUUCUCCCUAAAUGAUGUUCUGCAGGAAAUUCAAGCCAGGCUGCCACCUCGCCUCCAUCCAUAGUAAUGCAGACUCAGCUGACUUGGCCGAAUACGUCUCCGACUACCUGAAAAGUGAUGGACAUGUCUGGAUUGGACUGAACGAUCCACG